AUGAAGAGAGAUCAUCAUCAUCUUGGUAAGACGAUGAAGGAAGAAGAAGACGACUGUAACGGCAUGGACGAGCUUUUAGCUGUUCUUGGUUACAAGGUUAAGUCAUCGGAAAUGGCGGAGGUUGCUCAGAGACUCGAACAGCUUGACGUGAUGAUGUCAAACGUCGGAGAAGACGAUCUUUCUCAUCUCUCCACGGACUCUGUACACUACAAUCCGACGGAUCUUUACACGUGGCUCAAUUCCAUGCUUUCCGACCUCAAUCCUAACUCCGCCGACUCCGAUCUCAAAUCUAUUCCCGGUGACGCGGUUCUCAAUCAGUUCUCUAUCGAUUCGUCUUUUUCUUCGUCGAACACCAACAACAAGAGGUUAAAGACCUCGAGCUCUGAUUCCAUGGCUGUUUCGACACCUACUAGCGUCGUGACGACGGCCACUGAGUCAACUCGGGCUUUAGUCCUGGUCGACUCGCAGGAGAACGGUGUGCGUCUCGUCCACACGCUUCUCGCUUGCGCUGAAGCCGUACAGAAAGAGAAUCUGACUCUAGCGGAAGCUCUUGUGAAGCAAAUCGGAUUCUUAGCUGUAUCUCAGAUCGGAGCGAUGAAGAAAGUAGCUACUUAUUUCGCAGAAGCUUUAGCACGGCGGAUCUACCGUCUCCGACCGUCGAGGAGCUUGAUCGACCACUCACUCUCCGACACACUCCAGAUGCACUUCUACGAGACCUGUCCUUACCUCAAAUUCGCUCAUUUCACGGCGAAUCAAGCAAUCUACGAAGCGUUCCAAGGUAAGAAAAGGGUUCAUGUCAUUGAUUUCUCCAUGAGCCAAGGUCUUCAAUGGCCUGCGCUUAUGCAAGCACUCGCGCUUCGUCCUGGUGGUCCUCCGAUUUUCCGGUUAACCGGAAUUGGUCCUCCGGCACCGGAUAAUUUCGAUUACCUUCAUGAAGUUGGUUGUAAAUUAGCUCAUCUAGCGGAAGCCAUUAACGUUGAGUUCGAGUAUAGAGGAUUUGUGGCCAACACUUUAGCUGAUCUUGACGCGUCGAUGCUUGAGCUUAGAUCGAGUGAGAUCGAAUCUGUUGCGGUUAACUCUGUUUUCGAGCUGCAUAAGCUUUUGGGACGACCCGGUGCGAUCGAGAAAGUUCUUGGAGUGGUGAAUCAGAUUAAACCGGAGAUUUUCACUGUGGUUGAGCAAGAAUCGAACCAUAAUAGUCCGGUUUUCUUAGACCGGUUUACCGAGUCUCUGCAUUAUUACUCGACGUUGUUUGACUCGUUGGAAGGUGCACCGAGUAGCCAAGACAAGGUUAUGUCGGAGGUUUACUUGGGUAAACAGAUCUGCAACGUUGUGGCUUGUGAUGGACCUGACAGAGUUGAGCGUCACGAAACGUUGAGUCAAUGGAGGAACCGGUUCGGUUCGGCUGGGUUUUCAGCGGCUCAUAUCGGUUCGAAGGCGUUCAAGGACGCGAGUAUGCUCUUGGCUCUGUUCAACGGCGGAGAAGGUUAUCGUGUGGAGGAGAGUGACGGUUGUCUCAUGUUGGGUUGGCACACUCGACCGCUCGUAGCCACUUCGGCUUGGAAACUCUCCACCAAUCAGAAUAUGUCCCACUGA